AUGAGAUACGUUCCUUCCAGAGAGGCAAGCCGCAUACUCGGCGUGCAUCCACAGACACUCAGAAAGUGGGCGCGGGAAGGUCGCAUUGACUACAUCAGGACCGAAGGCAACCAGCGCAGAUAUGAUGUCGAUUCAUACCUUGGACAAUCCAGACCCGCGCAGACCGUCUGCUACUGCCGCGUCUCGUCCAAAAAGCAGUCGGCCGACCUCGACAGGCAGGUCGCCUUCAUGCGAGAGCGAUACCCUGACGCCGAGAUCGUCAGCGACGUCGGCUCCGGACUCAACUUCAAGCGCAAAGGCUUCUUGCCAUACUGGAACGACUACACCAGGGAGAUAAGCUCCGUGUUGUGGUCGCCUACCGAGACCGUCUUGCGCGGUUUGGGACCGAACUCAUCGAGACGCUGCUCGAGCGCAACGGCGGGGAGCUCGUGGUUCUCAAUCAGCGAGACCUCAGCCCCGAAGAGGAGCUCACGACUGACCUUCUCGCCAUCCUCACGGUCUUCGGAGCCCGCGUCAACGGACUGCGGCGAUACCGUAAGGAAAUCGCGAAGAUAA